AGGGCACGUAACUCAUAAUUUCUAUGCGACGGACUGAUCAAUAUAUCAACUUGCCGAUCUGUUUAAGUUCAUCUCCAUGUAGUCUGAAGAAUGUUUGACAUUGUGUGGAAUAGAAUUAAAAGUUUAAAUGCCAACAAUUUGAUAUUUGUGGUGCUAUGCUGUAUCAUUGGGUACCUGUUCCGGGCCAACGACUCCUAUGUUCUAAAACCAGUUUGGCGUAAACGUGUUGAGACCCAGGCUUAUGCUAACUCAGAUUUCCCCACAAAGCGAGACCGCCUCCCGCCCCCAGUAAUUACUGACCUUGAGGGAGAUGGGGUCAAUGAGAUCCUCCUCAUUUCAAGUGAUUUUAAGCUUUCCUCCCUGGCACUCCCCAAUGUUACACAGACUGAUGAGGAUGAUCAGACCCUUCCUCAUGUCAUCGUCAAACACAAGGUGGCACUUUCAUUGUCUGAUGAAUCAAACAGAUGGAGAAGCCGACCGGUUGUCAUGGAAACAGGAUUCACUGUACCUUACUUAUCACUUAUGCAAAUACGAAAACAGAUAAUUGUAAUUGUCACCGACGAUUGGCAUGUUUUGUGCUAUGACUCAGAUCUCCAGUUGCUAUGGAAAAAAAAGUUGAUGGAUAUAAGUCAUGUGAAGGACACUUACAUAGUGAAGGACAUGGGGGUCAUUAUCACAUCCCACAAGGUCAGGAAGGAUGACCAUGGCCUUGUCAUCAUCGGGGGCAGUUUUACACACAAAACACAUGGCAAAGUUGUCACACACAAUGAGACAGACAAUGAAACAGAACACACUACAGAAGAUAACACACUGACACACUUCUCAUCAUUCGCUCUCAACGGUAUUGAUGGUACUAUAAGGUGGCAUCAUCUCCCGGGCGACUUUGGAGAACCCGUCGCAGAUGUCAAGGAUAUCCAUGGUGACCACCACUGGAAGCUUGCACUGAAGCGCCAUCGUCUACACGUGGGCGAGUCUCCCUGGAAUCUCUACAGAGACGAACUCCUAUCCUUCCUGCCCUUUGGAUGGCACUCCAUUGAUGAUACGAAGCUGACCCUGGGACGUUUCCAGAAGAAGGGAGAUUUUUUACCUGAUUCCCCAGAUGGUGAACGGUCACGCCUUGCCCUAACACCUGAGCAUGUGAUGGGAUACACCUAUGGAGGCCACCGCCCACACAGCGACCAUGAACAUGUCUCCAAUCCUAACGCUGUUGUCAUUCACAAUCACAAUGGUCUGGAGGUGCUGAACCUACUGACAGGACGUCCCAUCACAGAAUUUCCUCUCCCUCCUGAUAGGUCUCUGUAUGUGGAUAUUGACAAUGACGGUAACCAUGAGAAAUUGGUGUGGGGUCAGGCAGCAGGGGUCCGGCCAUGUCACAUAGAGAUCUGGCGUCUGCAGCCAGUCAAGGAGAAGCUCAACCAGCUACCUGUAUGUCGAUUGACUCGGGUGUUUUUCACCACCUCCUGGAUGUAUGAUGAGGACAGCCUGCAGAAAGUACCACCAGUCAUCAUAGAAAGCAUUGCUAAGAAAGCUGGGUUUUUCCGUUUCCUGUUGGGUCACCAUCUACCUACAGGCAAAAAGGAGUAUGACAUCAUUACCACAGGUGGCAUGGCUCGGGUCUCCUCCCUCGAUAAAGAGGGAAAUGUCAACUGGCAGGUACAGACAUCUUACCGAUGGUCAGAAGCAGCCAUUGAGAUACGCACAGCACAGCAGUCCAACCCCUCUCAGUACAAGGAGUUCACCAGAUCAUUCAGGCCAAGCACCAUUCUCACCUCCAUACAGGUGUCAGAUAAAAAGAAUGUCCUGGUCCUUGGAGCCUUCAAAGGUUUCUCACUGGUCGACCUGGUUGGUGGUCGACUAUUGUCCGAGCAUUCCUUACCGUGUCUGCCUACAGCACCCAUAGUGGCUGGAGACUUUGACAAUGAUGGUCUAACAGACUUCAUAAUAACCUGUAAAAUGGGAUACCUUGGGUUCACACUUCACCACCACACUAACCAUACCUACACCGUUAUGUAUGCUGUGGCUGUCUUCUUCACCAUCCUCCUCCUCUCCUGGUUCUGUACCCCUGAGAAUUACUACGAUGAGGAGGACGAUGAUCACAUAGAACUCCCUAAUGAUGACUGAAGCUAGAGACAGCAGCUGCAGUGAAAGACAUGGAAAAAAUCUGGAAAUGAAGGGAAAGUAUGAAGGAAGAAUGGAAACAAUAUAGGACAGAAAACAAAGGUUGUUCUCCAUUGUGUGAUAACACCAUGUCCUCACCGUCCUAACACUGGCACCUGUAGACAGCUGGGGAAAGUAUCACCUAACAGAUGGACAUAUAGGACAAAGAGUAAAGAUGUUGGGGACUGUCCUUAAAAGAUGUACACGAACAGUACUUGUCUCUCAAGUAAUACAGAUCUCUAGCAUUCCUGGCAUGGUCUGUGGUAAGUUGUAGGUCCACUGAGAAAUCUGAUGAAAGAACUUAAAUGUGAGCCUGGAGAUCUACUGACCAACAUAAUCAUAUGUAGGGGAGCUGUGUGGUUAUGUAUGUGAUCUGUAUGGUUAUACAGGUAUAAGUGAUCUGUAUGGCUAUACAUGUAUAGGUGAGCUGUAUGGUUAUACAGGUAUAAGUGAGCUGUAUGGUUAUAUAUGUAUACGUGAGCUGUAUGGUUAUACAGGUAUAGGUGGACUGUGUGGUUAUGUAUGUGAGCUGUAUGGUUAUACAGGUAUAAGUGAGCUGUAUGGUUAUAUAUGUAUAGGUGAGCUGUAUGGUUAUACAGGUAUAGGUGAGCUGUAUGGUUAUACAUUUAUAGGUGAGCUGUAUGGUUAUACAGGUAUAGGUGAGCUGUAUGGUUAUACCUGUAUAGGUGAGCUGUAUGGUUAUACAUGUAUAGGUGAGCUGUAUGGUUAUACAGGUAUAGGUGAGCUGUAUGGUCAUACAGGUAUAGGUGAGCUGUAUGGUCAUACAGGUAUAGGUGAGCUGUAUGGUUGUACAGGUAUAGGUGAACUGUAUGGUCAUACAGGUAUAGGUGAGCUGUUUGGUUAUUUAUUUGGGAAGUACUGAGGUGUGUUGUAUGGUUGUGUGUUAUGGAUUUAAGUAGUGUAUGAGUGCCUACAUGAUAAGUGUAAGGUUAUUUAUGAAUCGGUGUCUGUCAAGUAUUGUACUCUGUGUAAUCAUUUUUUUGUAUAAGAUAUUAGUAGAGGUAGCUGUCUACAGUUAGUGAGCAGUGACCUAAGUGUCUGUCCUGGUCAGCUGUCUACAGUUAGUGAGCAGUGACCUAAGUGUCUGUCCUGGUCAGCUGUCUACAGUUAGUGAGCAGUGACCUAAGUGUCUGUCCUGGUCAGAUGGUCAUCCUGGCCUAGCUGUGACUAUAUAAGACAUUCUCCACUUGUCCAUUAGAAAACAAACCAAUCUAUGCAUAUCCAACAAAAAUUCUAAAUAUGUAACACCAGUAACGGUAUAAUAAAAUUCAAAAUAACUUUAUCAUUACUAACCACCCAUUGGGGUUGUAUGAUAUAAUUAUUUUCUACUGAGACCAAUACAUUCCAUUUGAGUCCAUUGUCAUGUGAAUCAGCAUUAAUUCAUGCUGAUCAGGAUGUUAUUGAAAACAGCUGUUAUAACUUCAGAAUGCUUGUACACUUAGUAUCCCAGGAUGCAACAUCAUCAUUAGAGUAAACAAACAUACCUUAAAGUACUUCAACUGGCUUACAAAGGCACAUGUACCCUAUACCUGUAAAACCAUUCUACUGGCUUACAAAGGCACAUGUACCCUAUACCUUAAAACCAUUCUACUGGCUUACAAAGGCACAUGUACCCUAUACCUUAAAACCAUUCUACUGGCUUACAAAGGCACAUGUACCCUAUACCUUAAAACCAUUCUACUGGCUUACAAAGGCACAUGUACCCUAUACCUGUAAAACCAUUCUACUGGCUUACAAAGGCACAUGUACCAUAUACCUUAAAACCAUUCUACUGGCUUACAAAGGCACAUGUACCCUAUACCUGUAAAACCAUUCUACUGGCUUACAAAGGCAAGUGUACCCUAUACCUUAAACCAUUCUACUGGCUUACAAAGGCACAUGUACUCUAUACCUGUAAAACCAUUCUACUGGCUUACAAAGGCACAUGUACCCUAUACCUGUAAAACCAUUCUACUGGCUUACAAAGGCACGUGUACCCUAUACCUGUAAAACCAUUCUACUGGCUUACAAAGGUACAUGUACCCUAUACCUUAAAACCAUUCUACUGGCUUACAAAGGCACAUGUACCCUAUACCUUAAAACCAUUCUACUGGCUUACAAAGGCACAUGUACCCUAUACCUUAAAACCAUUCUACUGGCUUACAAAGGCACAUGUACUCUAUACCUGUAAAACCAUUCUACUGGCUUACAAAGGCACGUGUACCCUAUACCUGUAAAACCAUUCUACUGGCUUACAAAGGCACAUGUACCCUAUACCUUAAAACCAUUCUACUGGCUUACAAAGGCACAUGUACCCUAUACCUUAAAACCAUUCUACUGGCUUACAAAGGCACAUGUACCCUAUACCUUAAAACCAUUCUACUGGCUUACAAAGGCACAUGUACCCUAUACCUUAAAACCAUUCUACUGGCUUACAAAGGCACAUGUACUCUAUACCUUAAAACCAUUCUACUGGCUUACAAAGGCACGUGUACCCUAUACCUUAAAACCAUUCUACUGGCUUACAAAGGCACGUGUACCCUAUACCUUAAAACCAUUCUACUGGCUUACAAAGGCACAUGUACCCUAUACCUUAAAACCAUUCUACUGGCUUACAAAGGCACAUGUACCCUAUACCUUAAAACCAUUCUACUGGCUCUCAGAGGUACUUGUGUAUCCCACAUACCUGGUAUUUACCAGUAAAUGUUGUAAACAGAUUAAAUUUAACAGCAAUUUCAAUUUAGCGCUGUUUGUGUGGGAAACAUUUAGCAGCAAUAUCAAUUUAACGCUGUUCAUGUGUGAAACAUUUAGCAGCAAUAUCAAUUUAGUGCUGUUCAUGUGGGAAACAUUGUGCUAGAUUAUGAUUGUACUAAUUACACUUCCUUUAUACCGUUUUCACAGCAAAUAAUGUAGGAGUACCAAUUUAUCAUGGGUCUAGUCCAUUAAAUUUUGGUAUUAAUGUGCUAAAAUUAAAUGAACCCUAUUGGUGUAUUUAUAGUCACCACCUAACUACUUGUAGAAACUAAUGUGAACAUUUAUGAUAUGUAUGAAUGAUGUGAAAGUUUUUAUAUUAAUUAAAAAAAAUCAAUUGAC